CUUCUCCACAAUUAAUUCAUACCCAAGAAACACCCUACCAUACAACUUCACUAAUUUCUUGCUCUCUCUAACUCAUAAUUUUCGGCAAGAAAUUUGUAUCAUCACCAUGGGAGGAAACAGUAGACAAAGCAACAAGAAAUCUUCAUCUUCAUUCUUCAGUUUCUUCAAGAGAAAACCAAGAAGAGUCGAAGAUUAUAGCUGCGAUGAUAUAACGAGUGGCCGACGAGUUUUCCCGAGUGAUGAAGAUAAUAGAGGUCCAUGGAGAGUUGCAGACCCUUGUAUUGAUACUAAAACUUCUGCUUUCAUUGCUCAUUUUCAUUCUACACGCUUCUCCGAACCCGACCGCCAAAUUUAUCAGCCUGCUGCUGCAUAAGCUUGAUCAAUUAUCAGAACUAAUUAAUCUCCUUGGUUUCUUCUGAUAAUUAUUUAUUUAAUUAAUCGUUAUGUGUUGUACUUAGAUGUGUUAUUUGUUUUAUAAUUAAUUGUAGCUAUAUAUAUAGUUUGUGAAUCCUUAUGAAUAAGAAGAGUAAUAUCAAGAUUUGUUUCAACUAUCAA